AUGGUCCAAAAACACACAAACCACACACUUGCAAAACAAGAGGCCCCAGAUGUUCCACGGGUCCUGGCAGACGGCGUGUGCGGGUCCAGCACCUGUUGCAAGCUCACACACACGUCCUGGGGCAGCUUACCAGGCUUUGGCACUGCCUUUGGUUCGUCAGAGACCUCCUCCACUCUUGGCUCUUCUGCAUCCGGUGGGGUUGAGUCUGGCACCACGAACGGCAGCAAAGCUGCCAAAAAAACCCCAGCCCCAUCUGCUUUCAUGUUUGGAGCUGCCAAUAGAGACCCAGCCGCAUCUCCGUUCAUGUUUGGAGCUGCCAAUAGACCCCCAGCCCCAUCUCCGUUCAUGUUUGGAGCUGCCAAUAGAGACCCAGCCGCAUCUCCGUUCAUGUUUGGAGCUGCCAAUAGAGACCCAGCCCCAUCUCCGUUCAUGUUUGGAGCUGCCAAUAGAGACCCAGCCCCAUCUCUGUUCAUGUUUGGAGCUGCCAAUAGAGACCCAGCCCCAUCUCCGUUCAUGUUCGGAGCUGCCAAUAGAGACCCAACACCAUCUGUGUUCAUGUUUGGAGCUGCCAAUAGAGACCCAGCCCCAUCUCCGUUCAUGUUCGGAGCUGCCAAUAGAGACCCAACCCCAUCUGUGUUCAUGUUUGGAGCUGCCAAUAGAGACCCAGCCCCAUCUCCGUUCAUGUUUGGAGCUGCCAAUAGAGACCCAGCCCCAUCUCUGUUCAUGUUUGGAGCUGCCAAUAGAGACCCAGCCCCAUCUCCGUUCAUGUUCGGAGCUGCCAAUAGAGACCCAACCCCAUCUGUGUUCAUGUUUGGAGCUGCCAAUAGAGACCCAACCCCAUCUGUGUUCAUGUUUGGAGCUGCCAAUAGAGACCCAACCCCAUCUGUGUUCAUGUUCGGAGCUGCCAAUAAAGCCCCAGCCCCAUCUGUGUUCAUGUUUGGAGCUGCCAAUAGAGACCCAACACCAUCUGCGUUCAUGUUUGGAGCUGCCAAUAAAGACCCAGCCCCAGCUCCUGCUUCACCUGGAGGGUUUUCCUUCGGCAAAGCCUCAGUUUCAGCAGAUCGUCCCACCUUUGUCUCUGGAAAGCCUGCAGACAAACCCAAAUCCUCGACACCAAUGUUCAGCUGGACUCAUCCUGUGGCCUCCUCUGGUCAAAGUCCACACAGUGAACCGUCGUCGACCCCCGCCCUGUCCUUCAUCCCCAGAGCUGCUCCUGCUGGUUUCUCCUUCAGCUUUGGAGGAGCUGCCCCCCCUGCUGCUGCUGACCCUACAGGUGAAGCUCCCUCUUCUGCAUUUUCGCCAAAUGUCUUGAAUCCAGCUCCUUCCAGCAGCUUUUUUCCUGAACCAGACUCAUUCUCAUGGUUCUGCAUUUGCGCCGUUCUCAUCACAGUCUUCUCGACCCGUGGUCUUUGGGGCGGACACCAUGGGUUUGGACGGAACAACUCUGCGCCCGCUGCAGCCAGUUCCACAGCAGGUCGAUAA